AGACCUCUCUCGCUUUUACAGGAAAGCGAAACUAACGGUUUAUUAUAAGACCGAGACAUCAGGCUGGCAGAGCAAACCCAGAAAGUGAACCAUGGCGUCUGCUUCCUACUCUGAAGAUCUGACUUGUCCUAUUUGUCUGACUAUCUUCACUGAUCCAGUGACUCUUCUGUGCGGACACUCUUUCUGCAGAGGAUGUAUUACAGAUGCUCUGUGGUCACAGGAACUGUGUCCACAGUGUCGGACAGCUGUUCCAACAGAAAUAAAAUUUCUUCUAACCAGCUAUAUAUUAAAAAGCCUCGCUGAAAAGGCAAAAGAAGCAGAGAAGAUAAAGACAGAGCCUGCGAAGGAGAAAGCAGAGAGAUCAGAUGAAGUUCAGCUGGCAACUGACAUUAGAGGGGGCGAGGCAUGGAGAGCCAACACUUCAGAGUUGCAGGUGUCUGAGUUGUGCCCUGAGCAUGAAGAAAAGCUGAAACUCUUUUGUGUCACAGAUCAGCAGUUGGCUUGUAUCAUAUGCCGAGAUGGGGAGAGACAUGAAGGACACAAGCUUAAACCAAUCAAAGAAGCAGCUGCAUCUGUGAGACGGGAGUUGGAGGCGGGGAUGGAGAACCUUUGUGGUGAUAUCCUAGCUAUAGAGAGCUUAGCCAACACACAGAGGCAAGAAAUAAGAAAAACCAAAGCAAAGUCUGAGCAGCUGAUGACCCAAAUCCACAGACAGUUUGAGGAGAUGCACCAGUUUCUGAGAAAGAGAGAAGAUGAGAUAAAGAAUGAGCUGAAAUUCAAAGAGCAAGAUGAUGUUGAGAAAAUGAGCAAGAGCUUGAAGGUUAUAGAAACAGCAUUGUCUGAGCGCAGAGAGCUGGAGGCAAAGGUAACAUCAGUUGUGAAAAUUGAGGACUCAGAGAGGCUGUUAAAGAGCUGGACUGAAGGGAACAGCAGGGUGACUGCUGAAGAUUUAAUCAAACCCAAAGCAAAUGAUCUCCAAGUGGUGGAUAGCUCUCUCUCUCUGGGGCCUUAUGAAAGCCACCUGCAGUUCUUUAUGUGGAAGGAGAUGCUUCAGGUGAUUGAGCCCCGAGCAGAGCUGCUCUCACUCAAAAGCAACAGUGCAGAUAUAGCUGUGUCUGAAGAUGGGCGGAGUUUGUUUAGUACACCCAAAAGCAACCAAGCUCCAUCACGUUCCUCCUCUGGUUUUCGCACAAGAUCACGGCCAGCCAGGGCCUCUGGUUUUGGCUCCUCAGGAUUUGCUGAGCAAUAUGAGGACUUACCUUUUAUGUCUGCCUUAUUCACAAACCAUGCAUUUAGUGUCAAUAAGUUCACUUCAGGGCAGCAUUAUUGGGAAGUAGAAGUUGGACACAGGGACUAUUGGGAACUGGGGAUAAAAGAUAAUUUCCUGAAAUAUGAUGGGCAAAAAUAUUCCAUCUGUAGUCCAAAUAAAACCACCGAGCUAGGAUUUAGGGACAGACGACGAAAGAUUGGGGUUUACCUAAACUGUGCAUUGGAAAAGCUCUCCUUCUAUGAUGCAGACAACAUGAAGCACAUUCACACUGUGAGCACAAGCCUCAUGUCCACGCCACUGUCAGCAUAUUUUCACAUUGAAGUCACAUCACCUGAUCUUAACCCUCUGAUGGUGUGCUGGUACUGAAGUCAAGAUCAUAGCAGUAUGAAGUCAGUAUCAUAACAAGUACUAGUUGUAAGUGUUUUCAGCUUUUUCAAGAGCAGAAAAUAUCCAAUAAUUAGGAGGCUUCCAAGUUCCAUAUCGAAUAUAUAUAAAAACUUCUAACUGUGAUCUUUUGCAGUGUAUCAAAUAUUCUUAUAGGUCUGUCUUCCUAUCAUUUCUAUCAUUGCAAUGUAGGCUACAUUAUAGCCAGAAUAAACGUUGGCAUUGUACAUUUUUGUAAGCCAUGGAUAUGUAACCAUUUUACUAUAUGUAGUGGAUAUAUUGAAACUUCACGCCUUAAGCUUUUUUUUAACAUUGCUGUGGUUAAUGUGUGGUUAUAUUUAGGCACAAAAAAACACUUAAUUAUUUGGAAGAGAUCAGAUUUUGCUGUCACAGUCAAACCUGGAAAAACCACCAGUCUUUUUAAAAUUGGUGACACAAUUGCCACUUAAAAAUGCUACAAAUGUGCUGGUACUGAAGUCAAGAUCAGUAUCAUUUCAAGUACCAGCUGGGUUUUUUUUUUUCAGCUUUGUCAGACAAAGAAAAUAUCCAAACAUUAGGAAUUUUCCAAGUUUCACAUACAAGGAGAUAAACAGAAUGAAUACAUGAGCAAAAUCUUCUAAUUACAUUACGUUUUGCAUUCUAUUAUAUAUUUUUAUAGGUCUGUGUGUAUCAUUUCUAGUAUUGCUGAUGUAGGCCACAUUCUAGCCAAAACAAAUGGCAUUGGCAUUUGAGUUUGUUUAUUUAGGCUACAAAUACAGCCAAAAUAAAUGUUGGCAUUGUACAUAUCUGUAAGCCACAUGCACAUGAUGUACAUAUACAUAUAUAUGUAUAUAUAUGAUGUACAUAUACAGUAUAUAUAUAUAUAUAUAUAUAUAUAUAUAUAUAUGUGUGUAUAUAUAUAUAUAUAUAUAUAUAUAUACACACAUAUAUAUAUAGUUGCUCAAGUCUGUCCUAACUAGUCUUAUGACAUAUAAUCAUUCUUAUGCUUAUAAUCAAGUAUAAUUACAAACAGCUAUGGUCACAGUUAUAUGAUUCUCACAGCUAAUAAAAUAUUUCAGAAAAUAUGUAACACUGCACUCAGUUACUCAUGAUAAUUUAAAUCUCAUGCAGUUUUUUAUAAACGUUACAAAAAGUUAUGUUAUGUCACUUAUGCACCUUCUAACCUCUUCAAAACAUACAAAUUAUAAAUCAUGACAUGUACUGGUUACUCAUUAUGUAGUGGUGAAUCAGUAAAGGCCCAACUAAGGGUGAGAGUGGAUCCACUCAGGGAGGGACACAGGAUGUAUGGGUCAAAACAGGAAAUCAUUUCCACCAAACAGUGGGAGAGGCCAGUGCUUGGUCAGAAAUUGAAAAGCAGGAAACUCGGUGCUUUUCUAAGGGUGGAUCACUCCUCACUCAAAGGAGAGAGCCAGGCAAAUUACUGCCGAAGUUACCAAGCUCUGUCCUAGACUGUAACGACGUCUGUUGAAGCAUGUGACAUGUAUAGCAGCAAGCUAGUUAGAAUUAGUAGCUGCUGAUGGUAAGUGUUGUGCAUCUGUAUGUGUAUGUACCUUGUCUUUGUCUCUUUAGUUGCUUUCCAGGACAACUCGGUUUACUUGUAACAGUCAUUUGUGGCAAAUAAACGUGCAUGAGGUGAACAAUAUCUCUGUCAGAGUUGU